GUUACCUUUAGAAUUACAGCAAUUUGGAGCCUCUGAACAUUCACUUCUUGACGAGAAAGAGGACACAACUGCUGCAGGACUCUCUUCUCACUUCACUCCACAAACAUGAGGGAGAUUGUGCACAUCCAGGCCGGCCAGUGCGGCAACCAGAUUGGAGCCAAGUUCUGGGAGAUCAUCUCCGACGAGCAUGGCAUCGACCCCACCGGCACCUACCACGGCGAUUCCGAGCUGCAACUGGAGCGCAUCAACGUAUACUACAAUGAAGCCGCCAAGUCAAAAUACGUGCCCAGGGCCAUCCUGGUGGACCUGGAGCCCGGCACCAUGGACUCGGUCCGCUCGGGACCAUACGGACAGAUCUUCAGGCCAGACAACUUCGUGUUCGGACAGAGCGGCGCCGGCAACAACUGGGCCAAGGGACACUACACCGAAGGCGCCGAACUGGUCGACUCCGUGCUUGAUGUUGUGAGAAAAGAGGCCGAGAGCUGCGAUUGCCUACAGGGCUUCCAGCUGACACACUCCCUGGGCGGCGGCACCGGCUCUGGAAUGGGCACCCUCCUCAUCUCCAAGAUCAGGGAGGAGUACCCUGACCGCAUCAUGAACACCUACUCCGUCGUCCCUAGCCCCAAGGUGUCUGACACCGUGGUGGAGCCCUACAACGCCACCCUUUCCGUGCACCAGCUGGUGGAAAACACCGACGAGACUUACUGCAUCGACAACGAAGCCCUCUACGACAUCUGCUUCAGGACGCUGAAGCUGACGACCCCGACCUACGGCGAUCUGAACCAUUUGGUGUCUCUGACCAUGUCCGGCGUGACGACGUGUCUGCGCUUCCCUGGCCAGCUGAACGCGGAUCUGCGAAAACUGGCGGUGAACAUGGUGCCGUUCCCGCGUCUCCACUUCUUCAUGCCCGGCUUCGCGCCUCUGACCUCGCGAGGCAGCCAGCAGUACCGCGCCCUGACCGUUCCCGAGCUGACCCAGCAGAUGUUCGACGCCAAGAACAUGAUGGCCGCGUGCGACCCCAGGCACGGCCGCUACCUCACCGUGGCCGCCGUCUUCCGAGGCCGCAUGUCCAUGAAGGAGGUGGACGAGCAGAUGCUCAACAUCCAGAACAAGAACAGCAGCUACUUCGUCGAAUGGAUCCCGAACAACGUCAAGACCGCCGUGUGCGACAUCCCACCCAGAGGCCUCAAGAUGGCCGCCACCUUCAUCGGCAACUCCACCGCCAUCCAGGAGUUGUUCAAGCGUAUUGGAGAACAGUUCACCGCCAUGUUCCGCAGAAAGGCUUUCUUGCAUUGGUACACCGGAGAAGGCAUGGACGAGAUGGAGUUCACCGAGGCCGAGAGCAACAUGAACGACCUGGUGUCCGAGUACCAGCAGUACCAGGAAGCCACCGCCGACGACGACGCCGAGUUCGACGAGGAGCCUGAAGCGGAAGUCGAUGAAAACUAAAUUUAUAAACACACACCAUAGCAGUGAAAUCGGCUAUUUUUAAAAACGCAUUCCUAUUAACUACGGCCAUUGCUUUAAAAAAUCCUCAAAAUUCCAAUCAAAUGUAUUGCUAAUAAUCAAGACUGACCCCGCCGUCCGCAAUAUAUUUGCAAUUUUAAUUGAUUCACCCGCAAUUCGUCCAAUCUCGACAGCAGCAAUCUGUUUUCAAAAUAAAUUGGUCUUUUAUGUUUCCUACGAAAA